UUUUCCGCACUUUUUCAAAUACACCAGGAUGUAUCCAAGUCUAUUUGAUAAGUUACUGAAUCUGGUUGGAACUCACUUAUUAAAGGAUCCUACUAAACGGCCUAUAGACCCUCCUCAGCGAUUAAUUAUAACACUUCAUUAUUUAGCAGAGGGGUGUUCAAUGCAGGAGAUGUCCUAUAGCCAUAUGUUGGGUAAAACAACUGUGGCUAAUAUUAUAAAGGAGACAACAAAAGUGUUAUGGGAAGUCCUUCAACCUAUUUACUUAAAACCACCAACAAGGCCAGAAUUAUUACAGAUUGCGGAUGCAUUUAAUUCAAAAUGGAAUCUGCCACAUUGUGUAGGAGCAAUUGAUGGCAAGCAUGUGGUAAUCCAGGCUCCUCCAAUGAGCGGCUCCACAUAUUUUAAUUAUAAAAAGACAUUUAGCAUCAAUUUAAUGGCAGCCUGUGAUGCGGAAUAUCGAUUUAUAUUUGUGGAUGCUGGUGCACCUGGUGGGGACCAUGAUGCAUCGGUAUUUAGGGAGUCUGGGUUUGGCAGUAGAAUUUUACAAGACCAACUAAAUUUACCUCAUACUGCCAACCUUCCUAAUACUAAAGUCGAGUUUCCGUACUUUUUUGCUGCCGAUGCAGCGUUUCCAUUGCACGAAAAUAUAAUGCGACCAUAUCCAGGCGAUAAACUAUCGGAUGCCCAAAAAAUUUUCAAUUAUCGUUUAUCAAGAGGUCGCCGAACAAUUGAAAAUGCGUUUGGCAUUCUUAGCCAAAGAUUGCGAGUCUUACGACGCCCAAUAAUCGCCAAUGUGGACCUAUGUGAGCAGAUCACAUUAAGUUGUGUUGUGCUACACAACUUUAUCAAAUAUAAUGAAGACAAUGGAGCUGCUGGAAACAUGAGGUACUGUCCUCCAGGAUUUGCGGAUGUGAUAAAUGGAGAGGGUACUGUAUCAUCUGGUACUUGGAGGCAAUAUUUAAAUUCCCCUGAAGGAUCAGUGCCUUGGCAGGAAGAAGUGAUAUGGAGAGGUGCCAUGCCAAAUACAAAGUAA